AUGGCUGAGGUUGAACAAUUUGCCUUCCAAGCUGAGAUUUCUCAGCUUAUGUCAAUUAUUAUUAAUACUUUUUAUUCAAAUAAAGAAAUCUUUCUUCGUGAAUUAAUUUCCAAUUCUUCCGAUGCUUUGGAUAAAAUUCGAUAUGAAUCGCUUACAGAUCCCUCAAAACUUGAGACUGGUAGUGAACUUUAUAUUCGAAUCAUUCCAGAUAAGGAACAUAAUGUUCUCACGUUACGGGACACCGGAAUUGGCAUGACUAAGGCGGAUCUUGUAAAUAAUCUCGGUACCAUCGCACGCUCGGGUACUAAGGCCUUCAUGGAAGCUUUACAAUCUGGUGCAGACAUUUCUAUGAUUGGUCAAUUUGGUGUGGGAUUUUAUUCGGCCUACUUGGUUGCGGACCGUGUUCAAGUCAUUACAAAACACAAUGACGAUGAACAAUAUAUUUGGGAAUCGGCUGCUGGUGGAUCAUUCACCAUCACUCGUGAUACAAUUAAUCCGCCUCUCGGUCGGGGUACAGAGAUUCGAUUGUUCCUGAAAGAAGAUCAAUUAGAAUAUAUUGAAGAACGUAAGAUCAAAGAAAUUGUCAAGAAACACUCAGAAUUCAUUGGAUAUCCAAUCCAGCUUAUUGUCGAAAAGGAAGUGGAAAAGGAAGUAGUAGAUGAAGAAGCCGAGAAAGAAGUAACCGAAGUGACCGAAGAAGACGAAAGUAAAACAGCUAAAAUUGAAGAAGUUGAUGAUGAAGAAUCUAAAGAAGAUGAAAAUAAAAAGAAGACAAAAAAGAUUAAAGAAAUGACAAAAGAAACCGAGGAGUUAAAUAAGACCAAACCUUUAUGGACAAGAAAUCCUGAAGAUAUUCAAAACGAAGAAUAUGCUGCAUUCUACAAGUCACUCACUAAUGAUUGGGAAGAACAUCUGGCGGUAAAACACUUUUCCGUCGAAGGUCAACUUGAGUUCCGAGCAAUUUUAUUCGUCCCACGUCGGGCGCCAUUUGAUCUCUUUGAAACCAAGAAGAAAAGAAAUAACAUCAAGCUCUAUGUGCGCCGUGUCUUUAUCAUGGAUGAUUGUGAAGAUUUAAUUCCUGAAUAUCUAAACUUUGUUAAGGGAAUAGUUGAUUCUGAGGAUCUACCGCUAAACAUUUCUCGUGAAAUGCUUCAACAAAAUAAGAUUCUUAAGGUUAUUCGUAAAAACAUAGUAAAAAAAUGUAUGGAACUCUUUAAUGAGAUCGCUGAGGAUAAAGAUAAUUUCACAAAAUUCUAUGAGGCCUUUGCGAAAAACAUUAAGCUUGGAAUUCAUGAAGAUUCUCAAAAUCGGGCCAAAUUAGCCGAAUUCCUUCGUUACUUCUCCACAAAAUCUGGUGAUGAACUUACUUCUCUAAAAGAUUAUGUUACCCGCAUGCCCGAAAAACAGAAAGACAUUUACUAUAUUACAGGUGAAAAUCGUCAAGCUGUUGAGAACUCACCAUUCGUCGAAGUAUUGAGAAAACGAGGGUAUGAAGUCUUGCUUAUGACUGACCCCAUCGAUGAGUACUCCGUCUCUCAACUUAAAGAAUACGACGGUAAGAAGCUUGUAUGUAUCACAAAGGAAGGGCUUGAGCUCGAUGAGGAUGAAGAAGAGAAAAAACGUCGUGAAGAAGAAGCUAAACAAUAUGAUGAUUUGUGUAAACAAAUCAAAGAAAUUCUCGGCGAUAAAGUUGAGAAGGUUCUUGUAUCAAAUCGUAUUUCAGAGUCACCAUGUGUUCUUGUCACUGGUCAAUACGGCUGGUCUGCCAACUUUGAACGUAUUAUGAAAGCUCAGGCAUUACGUGAUUCUAGUAUGGCAUCGUAUAUGGCAUCUAAAAAGAUUAUGGAAGUUAAUCCACAUCAUCCAAUCAUUAAAUCACUCAAAGCUAAAGUCGAGGCUGAUAAGAAUGAUAAGACUGUUAAAGAUCUCACGUGGCUUCUUUUUGAAACAUCAUUAUUGCAAUCCGGUUUUAGUUUGGAAGAACCUUCAUCAUUUGCUGGAAGAAUUUUCAAGAUGAUCAAAUUAGGUCUUGAUAUUGGUGAAGAAGAAUCUAUGGAAACUGAUGAGGCAACCCCUAAUGUAGCAGAAUCAAGUACUGCUGAGGCUUCUCAAAUGGAAGAGGUUGAUUAA